UUUGGCCAUAUCGCUUAUGAGUUUGUUAGUCAAAUUGACCCAGGAGAGGGUAGUCAAAAUGGCGACCUCCAGUGUUUUGCGACUUUCGGGUCUGUUUUCUCCGACUUUGGGGUCCCUGGUGAGUCGGCAAUCCCCAGCACUAGCAGUUCAAUGUCGCAGUCUCUUCACGGACAACAAAGAGGAUGACAAGACAAGUGUCAGUGUUGUUCCAAGUAGAGGGCAGAGCACAAGCCAAGGAAUUGUGCCAAAGAAAACAUAUUCCCCUUUCCAGAACACUAGCAAUAAGGCCGAAUAUGCACUGGCCAGGGUGGAUGACCUCCUCAACUGGGCCCGGAAGAGCUCCUUGUGGCCCGUCACGUUUGGCUUGGCCUGCUGUGCUGUAGAGAUGAUGCACUUCGCUGCCCCCAGAUAUGACAUGGACAGGUUUGGAGUUCUGUUUCGGGCCAGCCCUCGACAGGCUGACCUCAUCAUUGUAGCAGGAACACUCACAAACAAGAUGGCUCCAGCUCUGAGAAAAGUGUACGACCAGAUGCCUGAGCCAAGGUGGGUGAUCUCUAUGGGCAGCUGUGCCAAUGGUGGAGGCUACUACCACUACUCGUAUGCAGUAGUCCGAGGCUGUGACAGGGUUAUUCCUGUGGAUAUAUAUGUUCCAGGUUGCCCCCCGACGGCAGAAGCGUUGUUGUAUGGAGUUAUGCAGCUGCAGAAGAAGAUAAAGAAGAUGAAGUCCGUACAGAUGUGGUACCGGAAGUAGUGGGCCUGGUAUCCUGUACAUAGACUACUUAUGUUAUUUGUACAUAUUUGUUGUGUUAGUGCAAACAGUAGCACACUUGGAACACUUGAACUUUUGACCAGUGUGGGUAUAGGGAAGCCUCGCAUUUGAAGUCCCCCCUUGAAAUAACUCUGGAUGUGAAAGUACAUGAAGAUUUUUCAUGUUUCGGAUACGAAUCUUCAGUGCCACAAUGGACUUGUUUUGAAAAAUGCGAAUUAAAGAGAAACUGUGAAAUAAAAACUUUCCAAU